AUGGUCAACCUUGCGGAAGCGCAGAAGGUGUUCAACCUCGUGCAAGGUCUGAGCAAGCAGCGGCAAUUCGUCAAGUAUAUCAGCAACGCGGGUCUGCUUUCCGUGCUUCUCGAGUCGCUUACCAAGGGGAACGGCGCCGGCGCGACGUUUCUCGUGCCGUCCCCCGACGCGCUGCAGUCGCUGCCGCCCGCGUCGCCGUAUUUCAACAACCCCGCGCUCGCGCGAACGACGCUGCGAUACCACAUGAUUCUGGGGAAGCAGAUGGACUACACGGCGCUCGUUGAGCGACCCGCGGACACCGGCUUCCCGACGCUCGCCAAGGAGUCGGUGUUCAAGUCGGACGAGAGCGCAUUCUUCACGGUUGUCUUCCGCUCGGGUAGCGGUCGCUCCACGUCCACGCUGCUCGCACCCAACCUCGCCAAGACGGAAUUCUUCCAGGUGCACCUUGUGGACUCGCUACUUGUGCCAGAUGCCAUCCUGCACUCCAUGCCCGGUGGCGGUGAUGCUGCUGGUGCCGGUGCACCUUGUGGACUCGCUACUUGUGCCAGAUGCCAUCCUGCACUCCAUGCCCGGUGGCGGUGCACCUUGUGGACUCGCUACUUGUGCCAGAUGCCAUCCUGCACUCCAUGCCCGGUGGCGGUGAUGCUGCUGGUGCCGGUGCACCUUGUGGACUCGCUACUUGUGCCAGAUGCCAUCCUGCACUCCAUGCCCGGUGGCGGUGAUGCUGCUGGUGCUGUUCCCUCUCCUUCGGUUCCUUCACCUCCCCUCAACCCCUCGCCUCCUUCUACCACUGUCCCCUCGUCUCCUCCCCUCAACCCCUCACCUCCUCCUACCACUGUCCCCUCGUCUCCUCCCGUCAACCCCUCACCUCCUCCCCCUAGCCCUUCCCCACCUCUUCCUGAAUCCCCCCCUCCUCUUCCUGUCUCGUCGCCUCCCACCCCUGACUCUUCCUCCCCGACCACUCCUACCGAGACCACUCCAGCCACAACCCCGCCCUCUCCCUCCCCUCCCCCUCCUACCAGCGAAUCAACCUCACCCACAACACCACCACCGCCCUGA